CACUGUUUUUAAUCCUAUCAAAAUCUAUGACAUUCAAAAUCGGAUCGGGUCUUAGGGCUUGGCUGUCCAGCCGUUGACAGCUAAAAAAAUCUCAAUUAAUUUUUUCAUUUUUGGUUUUGCAAGACGACGAAAAGACUCUCACGGUGAUCUCUAUUGGUUCUCUCUAAUGGCGACCUUGCAAAAGUCGUUGCUCUUCUUACUACUUUUACUUCUAAUUUUCACUCAAAUUACAUCUAACCCAUCGCCGGAAAUCGUCGAAGCUUUCUCAUCGGAGCCUGGAGACUCUGCUCUCGAGCACGACGUUGACCACCUCAAGUCCAAGAUUUCAGUUUUAGAAUCUACUAUUGAUGAAAGAAGCCAUGAAUUGAGCAUCAAGGAUGAGAGUAUUAGACAAUUGGAAAUGGCCAUUCAAGAGAAAUCCGACAGCAUCUCAUCAUUACAGAUUGAAAUAGAAUAUUUCCAGCAAAAAGCAACUCUAGAUGCUAAGGAUCAGAUGAGUAACUCACAUGUACGGGCUACUGAACUUGAAAAGCAGGUUGACAACCUUAGAAAGGAAAUAGAAAUGCAGAAUAAGAAAAAAGAUGCACUAGAAGUUCGAACAAAUGUAGCUGAGGGAAAGAUCCGGGAACUAAAUCUGAAACUAGAAGAUAUUCAAAGGAUUAACAGUGAGCAGAAAUCCAAAAUUCAUAAUGCUGAGCACGCACUUCAACUAGCACAGGAAGAAAUGAUGAAAGCAAAGUUAAGGGCGGAUUCAGUAUCUAAAGAGCUAAGAGAGGUCCAUGGAAAGUGGCUUCCCCAUUGGAUAGCGGUUCAUAUAUUUCACUUUCAGUCCUACUUGGUGUUUCAUUGGAAUGAACAUGGGAGACCUGCUUUAGACAUCACAAUCCAAAAGGCCUUCAAAAAGAAAGAUCAACUUAAAAGGUGGGCAGAGCCCCAAAUUAGAAAUGUUAAUACCCAUUUGAUCCCAAUGAUAAAAGAAGAGUGGUCAAAUUUUAUAAACUAUCUUGAACCUCAUCUUCAGUCACUGCUUUCUAAAAUUAUUGAGGUCUAUAAUGCAUCGAAGAACUCUUUGACACCACAUUUGGUCAAAGCACGCAAGUUAACAGAUCCUUACAUUCAGGAGGUGAAGAAAUUUUCUGAGCCAUACAUCAAUCUCGUUGUGAUGGUGACAAAACCUCAUUAUGAAACAAUGCAAGUUGCCUUGAAGCCCUACACCAAAAAGAGCAUCCGCACUUACAGAAAACUUAUCAAAUCUGCUUGUCUAUACCAUCAUCAGGUCCAAGAAACUCUUAAAAGCCAUGUGUUAACAAGAUCGCUUGCAAAUAUAGAUCUAGCAUGGGUUUUGGCGACUGCUGGAUUGACCCUACCUAUUUUAGUUCUCUUUAAGGUGUUUUCAGUUAUCUUCAGUGGAAAGACAAAAGGGCGCACUUUUGGUGCCAGUAUUAACCACACUCGACGUAGGAUGAAGCGACAUCAUCCUGACAAAUACAGUCAGGGAAGGUGAAGUAUUCCAACAAUAUUGGUCCCUUCAAAUGAGUAGUUCCCAAAUGUUACACCCAGUAUUGAUUAACAAAAGGCACAUAUUUUAAUUAUCUAUGUACCAAAGUCAAGGGGGCUCAUUUGCAAAAAGUUAAUAAUCGAGGUUUUCUCGGUUUUGUGAAUUUUUUUUCUGUUUUGGGUUUAGUCAUUUCCAUUUUGAUUUUCUUCGGCUUUGCUGGAGCUAGGAAUUCUUUAGGAGAAGUUGAAUCAAUCAACUGAAUGCAUCAGAAAUCAUAUGAAGGAAUCAUUUUAGUAGCGAUUGACUUGGUUGAAUGGAUAUAGAAAAUGAGUCUAAUAAUGAUAAUCAUAUGAACACUUUUGGUACCAAAGUCAUACGUAU